CCUGGGCCCCGCGCGGCGCGCUCCGGGAGCCCGGGGCGGCGGGGGCGGGGGCGGCGCGCGGCGGCCAAUGGCGCGCGGCGCUGCGGCGGGGGCGGCGCGGCGACACCCGGCUGCUGACAGCCAAACUCCCCAACUCCGCCCUCGUCCCCGCGGGAUCCCGGAGCCCGAGCCGGCCUGGGGCCGAGGCCGCCCGAGCCGCGCUGCGAGCGAACAUGGCAGCAGAAUGAGAAGGCUGGCGCCGGGUCGUAGCCGUCGGCGCCGCGCUGCAGCUCGAGAUCCGCGUCCGGCGCCCUGCGAGCCGCGCGCUUAGCCGGCCUCCUGGUGGCCGCUGGAUUAUUUCAUUCGGAGCCGAGGGCGGGGGAGAGAGGGGGACCCCGCAGCCGCGCCGGUCCGUGCUCGGGCAGGGUGUGCGACUCGCCGGCUGCGGAAAGCACGCGGGAGAGAGCGGGUCCCGGGCUGCGGCGGCGCGGGCGCGGGGAUGAGCCGGCCAUGGGGCGGCCUCGGCGGGGCUCGCGGAGCCGGCCGGCGCUGCGGCGGGGGCGCUGCCUGAGCCGGGGCUCCGCGGGGCUUCGGGGCCUCGGGCGCCCCGGGGGGGUCCCUGCCGCCGCCCCCGGGAGGGACGGGAGCCCCGCGUGGCGGACACUGCAGCAGACGCCGCACUGAGGCGCCCCGAGCCUGCUCCGCCUGCAGCUCGGUGCGCUCUCGGCACCCGGGCGCCUUGCCCGGUGCACGGGCUGCUGGCGCACGGCGGCGAGCCGGGCGCAGGACUGGCUACACGGGGGUGUGUGAGCCUGUGGGACUGGAGAUCUGAGCUGAAGCAGAACCCGGCGGACCGGAGCAGCCAUGCUUCCCGGGGUGGGCGUGUUCGGCACCAGCCUCACGGCCCGUGUCAUCAUCCCGCUGCUGAAAGACGAGGGCUUCGCGGUGAAGGCGCUGUGGGGCCGCACGCAGGAGGAAGCGGAGGAGCUGGCCAAGGAGAUGAGCGUCCCCUUCUACACCAGCCGCAUUGACGAGGUGCUGCUGCAUCAGGACGUGGACUUGGUGUGCAUCAACCUGCCGCCGCCCCUCACCAGGCAGAUCGCUGUCAAAACCCUGGGUGACCUCUCUCUGGGCUUCUUGUGUGCACACUGGAUGCCGCUGCCAUCGCUGGAAAGACCGAACGGGGGGCCCAGCAAAGAGCGAGCGUGCUUGUUGUCGUGGCAACCCUGGCCUAGUCCUCAGACAGCGUCCCUGUGGGGCUUCUCAGGCAUCGGCAAGAACGUCAUCUGUGACCGCACGGCCACGCCGCUCGACGCCUUCCGCAUGAUGUCGGCCGCCCACUACUACCCCAAGCUCAUGAGCAUCAUGGGCAACGUGCUGCGCUUCCUGCCGGCCUUCGUGCGCAUGAAGCAGCUCAUCGAGGAGGGCUACGUGGGCGAGCUGCUGGUGUGCGAGGUGCAGGUGCACGGCGGCAGCCUGCUGGGCAAGAAGUACAACUGGAGCUGCGACGACCUGAUGGGCGGCGGCGGCCUGCACUCGGUGGGCACCUACAUCAUCGACCUGCUCACCUUCCUGACCGGCCAGAAGGCCGUCAAGGUCCACGGGCUGCUCAAGACCUUCGUCAAGCAGACGGACCACAUCAAGGGCAUCCGCCAGAUCACCAGCGACGACUUCUGCACCUUCCAGAUGGUGCUGGAGGGCGGCGUGUGCUGCACCGUCACCCUCAACUUCAACGUGCCGGGCGAGUUCAAGCAGGACGUGACCGUGGUGGGCGCGGCCGGGCGCCUCCUGGCGGUGGGCACGGACCUGUACGGGCAGCGCAACAGCGCCCCCGAGCAGGAGCUGCUGCUACAGGACGCCACGCCCGUCAGCAACUCCCUGCUGCCCGAGAAGGCCUUCAGCGACAUCCCCGCGCCCUACCUGCGCGGCACCAUCAAGAUGAUGCAGGCCGUGCGCCAGGCCUUCCAGGACCAGGACGACCGGCGCACGUGGGACGGGCGGCCGCUCACCAUGGCCGCCACCUUCGACGACUGCCUGUACGCCCUGUGCGUGGUGGACACCAUCAAGAGGUCCAGCCAGACGGGCGAGUGGCAGAACAUUGCCAUCAUGACGGAGGAGCCCGAGCUGAGCCCCGCCUACCUGAUCAGCGAGGCCAUGCGCCGGAGCAGGAUGUCCCUGUACUGUUAGCACGGACGGGGGGACCCAGGGGGACUCAGGUCUUCAGCGUGGAGCCCGGAGAGGGGGAAGGCGUGCUGGGGCAGAGGUGGCCGCGAGGAGUGCGGGGGCGGGAAGGUGGAGGGGCAGGGUGAGUUAAGCGGCGCCUGGGAAGGUGAACCCCCCAGCCUGGGUGAGGGGCACCUAAUAAGACUGUCGGCUGGCCGAGCCAACAGCCCGGGAGUGUUCAGGGGGCCUGUUCUUCCCGAGAUCACCCCUGCGGGGCGUUUGCAUGAGGAGGAGGCGGCUUAGCCUCUGUGGCCCCCUUACCAUGAGAAGCAAAGAGGGGGUGCUUUCCUCCUCCCUCAGCCCUCCCCUACCCAUCGGCCUCCUUGGCAAGCCAAAUGCUCCCGCGACCCAGUGGCCAGCUCGGUGGGUGCCGGCUUCCCGGCCACCCUGCCUCUGGCGGGAGAAGGCAAAUCCUCACCCGUCCGCAGAAGCCUGUUAGUCUGGGGGGAGGCGGGGGUGCAGUGGGCUAAUGAGAAAGCUCAAAUUCCGGAAGGCCACUUAAAAUAUCUGGAGGAAAGGCUACUUGAUAGCAGAGUGAACAGUGUGCUUGAUUGAUUGGUCGUCCUCAUAGGAAGCGGGAGGGUGUGUCUUCCUAAUGGGUACCUUGCCCUGCGCCCGGCCCCCAGAUGGGAUAAGGGAGAGCCGGGAAUAGCAAGUAAGCCCAGAGGAGAGCACCAGAACGCAGGCUGCGUGGAAGCAGACUAGGCAGAGAAUAAACAAUAGCCCUUUGGGUUUGGCAUCAAUUACAAAGCGGCGGGGAGCUGCCCUUAAUCCUGUUUCCGGUGGGGUAGAGCUAAGUGUAAAGGGAUGUGGCGCUCAAGUGUCCUCUCCGGUGGCUCUCCAGUCAAGGGCACAGCCUGAAUGGGUCAGACUACAAGCUCCCGAGCCGCCCUCGCAUGCUGCGGGCCCCACCUGUUGCAGUGGGGAUGUCCCAGCAGAUGGGAAAGGGAGCCAGCCCUUGGCGGGCUUUGGUCUCCAACACCCGUGUCUCCUACCAAGCCGGUAAAGGACUUUUAGGAGAUUCACCCGGCUUUGUGAAUUUAAAAGGGAAGCCUUCGGUUCCACGCAGAUAUGAUAGUCUUCCCUUAAAGAAAAAAGAAAAUGUCAAGGGUGUUUUCCUUAGCUUUGACCUUUGCUUUCAGGAUUCUGACACCUGCAAGUUUUUGAAUGGGUAUUAAAACAGAAGGACAAUUAAGGAACAUCACUUUCAGUGUUUCUAAUAUGGGGUGUUAGAGCCACGGAGGGGUAUCUUCACGUAGGGUUGAGAAGGGUCACGUUGGGGGGAAAAACGUAUUUUUCCCCUCCUUGGUCUCUUGUCUCCCUUGUCACACCCUGAUUACAGAGAGGUAUUACUGGAAAUGGCAGACGGCUGCAGGCUUGGAGUGGGGUGGUUGCAAAGGGGAACUGUUAGAGAUGCACACACAUGCACGCACACGCGCACACACACACACACACACACACACAUAAGGGUUUGUCAGUCCUCACCACCACCAAAUGUCGCUGAAAUAGCUCUUAAAAAUUCAGACCUCUCUCUUGAAAGAAACACCAA